CAUACACCCAUUCACUACUUUCUACAGUUUUCUCUGAUUUCAUAUGUUUUCAAUUCAGUUGGCAUGACAACUGGUCAAUAGUAGUUCUAUUUUGUUUUUUUAACCGUAAAUUUGAUCAAAUUAUUAUCAAAAUUAUGUAAUUUAAUAUUGUGGUUACAUUAGAAAUGUUUUCUCGUAUAUCAUCAGUAAAGCAGCUACUUUUCAGAUCUGUGAGCAGAGUUGAGAAUAGUGUGCGUGUGCGUCACAAAAGCGAUGGAGUCAAAGUGGUUUGUGUCGGUGGUCAGAGUCCCCUCCAAGUUAAUCUUGCCCUUAUGCUGAAGCAGAGCAAUCAUUUUUCCGAAAUAUGUAUUCACGAUUUCAACACAAAAAAUCUGAAAGGUAUUUGUGCAGAUCUAAAUACUAUCCAUACUCCAUCAACAGUCACUUAUCAUGAGGGAAUACAAUCUCUUGAAAAAGCUUUACAGGAUGCCAAUCUCAUUAUUAUACUGGAUAAAACCCCUUCACAAGAAGAAAACAUGAAAACAUCAUCUCCUGAAGCUCUGGAAACAAUGUUUUUCAAUUCAAACGCAGACCAUUGUGGGAUGGUAGCUGAGACGUAUGCUUCCAUUUGUCCAGGUGCAAUUGUAGCAGUUGCUGCUCAACCAGUGAACAUCAUGACUCCGCUCGUUUAUUCGCUGGCAUCCAAGCUCAACCACAACGUAACCGCCAAUAGAGUGGUCGGCUUCACAUUGAAAGAUGAAAUACAAGCGAAUCUUCUACUGUCGAAGAAACUGCAGAAACCUAUCAACGAAAUAAAAGUGCCCUUAAUUGGUGGUUCUUCGAGAACUACAAUCAUCCCUCUACUUUCUACUGUGAAAGAGGCUGGUAAAAUGUCACAAGAUGAAACAAAAAGCUUCAUCGAGGAAGUGAGGCGAGAAAGCGUGAGUCGCGUCUGUUGUCCGCUGAGCUCGGCCGCGGCACUGUACCGAUUGGCGAAUGCGCUUGCAAUGGCGUCCAAGGGCCAGGAGGUGUAUCAACGCGGCUAUGUGGCGUGCACGCAUGCGCCCGGCUGCCAGUUCUUUGUCGGCAAAGCGCGCUUUGGUCCCGCCGGACUGCAAACGGUCGAGCCACUGCCGCCCCUCUCUGACUACGAAGACGCCCUCUUCCACAGUGCCAUUUUCCACCUCAAAAUCGACAUGAAGAGAGCCAACGAGUUUGUCAAGAGUUAUUUGCUUGAUAGAUAAGCUGUUUUCACAACUAAAUCUAAUUAAAUCAACCAUCACUGCCGUAUGUUAUGAGAAUUAUCAGUUUCAAUAAUCAUUGGAAAAACCAAUGAGUUUCAUAGCCUAACUUUCCUUCAGUUUUAAAUGUAAAUCAUUUACAAUAAAUUACAGAAUAUUGAUGAAGUCUUCUUCAUUUCAUGAAAUUAUUUUUAAAGCAUUAUUGUCGUAUACUUUUUCCAUAAAAUAAAUUAAACUAAUCACUUUCAAGUAUUUUGAUAGAACUAAAUGAAAUUUUAAUUAAGAGGAUUACAAGUACCUUAUUCAUGUUACCGUAUUUUGUUCUUUCCCAUUAAUCGUUAAUAUAAUAAAAGGAAGAAUUGGCUUAUACACGUACAGGAUAAUAAAAACACGAAUGACGCAUCAUCACGUCUGAACUACUGGACUGAUUAACUUGAAAUUUUGCAUUUAUAGAUCCUUAAUUCACCGAAGAUAGUUAUGGGCCAAUUUAAAUUCCUCAGGAUUUCAGUAGGACAAGUUUUCAAUUAGAUCCUUGCGGAGCACGGGUUACCUGCUAGUGAAUAAUAUUCAUUCUGAUACUUUAUAAUGGUAGUUAAGCCGAAACUAGUCGUGUCUAAAAUAAAAUAAGGGUACUAGUAUUCUUUGUAAUUAAAUUAA